CCGGUGUCUCGGCCCGAACGCAGCGGUCCGUCACGUGCGCCAUGUCGCUCUCGGGCGUGCACGCCGGCAGCCGAACGCUGCCCAGCCGGCGGCGGGCCGACGACUACGACAACCUGCGCGAGGCGGCGUCGACGGGCAUGGAGCUGACGCGCGCGCUCGGGCGCAGCGAGACUGAGCUGGCGGAGCUGCGCGGCCCCGUCAAGUCCAUCACCAUGCGCGUGGUGAAGAAGACGACCACGCUGUCGCGCGGCCAGCAGAAGACGCGCUUCGAGAGCGCCGUGGAGACGCUCGACGGGCACGUGUUCGUGCCGAUGAAGCCGCAGCAGCCGCAGAUAUCGGACAUCGUCGAGGGCGAUGACUCGAUCAGUGCGAGGGACGCGCUGCUCCACUGGGCCCAGCGCACCACCGAGCGCUACCCGGGCGUACGCGUGUCCAACUUCACCUCCUCCUGGCGCGACGGCCUCGCCUUCAACGCCAUCAUCCACAGGAACAGACCUGAUCUGGUGGACUGGAAGGACCUCCAGCAUAAGUCGGCCCGCACCCGGCUUGACCAGGCGUUCCAUGUGAUGGAUACGGAGUAUGGCGUCACCCGCCUGCUGGACCCCGAAGAUGUCGACACGCCGGACCCGGACGACAAGUCGGUGCUGACCUACGUCAGCUCGCUGUACGACGUGUUCCCGCAGCCGCCGGCCGAGCACCCCCUGUUCGACGGGGAGGCGCAGCGCGUGCAGUCCGAGUACCGGGAGAGCGCCUCGCGGCUGAACCAGUGGCUGCGGCAGCAGACGGCCCGGCUGCAGGACCGCAGCCUGCCCGCCUCGCUGGUGGAGCUGCGCCACCUGCUCACCGAGACCAAGAUGUUCCGCACGCACGACGUGCCGCCCCGGCAAAACGAGCUUCGCCGGCUCACCGCCGCCUACCAGCAGCUCGAGCGUCCGCGCCCGGACCUGGGCCAGGCGGAGCUGGAGCCGGAGCUGCACGGGCCGGCGCUGGAGCGCAGCUGGGCGCUGAUGCUGCAGGCGCUGCAGGAGCGGCAGCAGGCGAUCGACGAUGAGAUCAACGCAAUGGAGCGGCUGCAGCGGCUCGCCGAGAAGGUGAUGCGGGAGACGAGAGCGACCGACCGGCGCCUGGACGGCGUCGAGCAGCGAAUCCGAGACGAGGCGAAGCGGUCGGCCCGCCUGACGCCGGCCGAGGUGAAGCAGAACUGCGAGAAGAUCGACCACGAGUUAGUGCAGAUCGAGGAGACGAUCAAGUCGCUGUUCUCGGACGUGAACACGCUGCAGGAGGGCCGGCAGCCGCAGGCGCCCGAGCUCUACCGCGGCGUCCAGCAGCUGCACGACAAGUGGAUGACCGUGCACACCACGAUGCAGGACACGCUUCUGCUGCCGCUGAGCAAGCGGAGCACCGAGGACCCCGAGACGAUGCUGCGGCGGCUGACCGAGACGGACGAGAACUUCCGCUUCCUUCAGGAGUGCCUCGAGUGGGUCAAGGAGAGGCUGGAACGGAUACACGAGGCCGAGUACGGCCACGACCUGCAGACGUGCCAAGAGGAGCUGGACUCGCACCACAAGGAGCACAAGGUCAUCGACCAGUUCCAGGUGAACCUGGACCGGUGCGUGGCCGCCAAGAACAACUACGACCACGAGGAGCUGACGCUGUACAUGCGGCUGCUGAGCCAGCUGCAGAAGACGUACGCCGACCUGCUGUCCACCUCCAACAAGCGGCUCUCCGACCUGAUGAUCCUGCACGACUUCAUCCAGGGUGCCACCAACGAGCUCAUCUGGCUGAACGAGAAGGAGGAGACCGAGGUCAACCGCGACUGGAGCAGCCGCAACCAGGACCUGCGUGAAGUCGAAGCGCACUACGAGCACCUGAUGGGCGAGCUAGAGCGGCGCGAGCGUCAGUUUAACGCCGUCCAGGACCAGGGUGGCUCGCUGGUGUCGCAGCACCACCCGGCGGCGCAGACGGUGGAGGCCUACCUGGCCGCCAUGCAGACCCAGUGGUCCUGGCUGCUCCAGCUCACGCUCUGCCUGGAGACGCACCUCAAGCACGCGCAGGUCUCGCGCAAGCUCUUCCAGGACGUCGACAAGAUGGCGCACGUCAUCAACGAGCAAGACGACCGACUGAAUGCAGAAUUCAGCCAGACCGACUUCGGGCUGGACGAGGGCGAGCAGCUGCUGCGCGACAUGCAGGAGCUGCGCGACCAGAUGACGCAGCAGUCGGAGGCCAUCGAGGCGCUGGAGCACCGCGCGCACCAGCUGACGCCGCAGCGCCAGCGCCGCGACCCUGCCAGCGUCUCCGGCACCGGCCAGCUCACCUGCAUCUGCAACUACAAGAGUGCCAAUAUGUCGAUCCGCAAGCAGGAGCGGUGCACGCUGGUGGACGGCAGCCAGCGCUUCAAGUGGGUGGUGCGCUCCUCGGGCGGCCAGGAGGGCGAGGUGCCCAGCGUCUGCUUCCUGUUGCCGCCGCCCGACCAGGAGGCAGUCGACGCCGUCGAGAAGCUGAAGCGACAGUACGAGAUGUCCAUCAUGCUGUGGCAGCGCAAGCAACUGCGCAUGCGCCAGAACAUGAUCUUCGCCACCAUCAAGGUGGUCAAGAGCUGGGAUCUGCAGCAGUUCAUGGGUAUGGGCAAGGAGCAGCGCGACGCCAUCCGUCGCGCGCUGAACGAGGACGCCGGCAAGUUGAUCCAGGAGGGCGACCCGAACGACGGUCAGCUGCGCCGACUGCGGCGCGAGAUCGACGAGGUCAACGCCCUGUUCGAGGAGUUUGAGCGGCUCGCGGCCGAGGCGAGCCCGACGAACCAGUUCAACACCAAGGUGUCGUCGCUGGAGGUGGAGCUGGAGACGGCCGAGCGGCAGCUGGCCGAGCGCUGCAGCGAGGCUAUCCCGCGCCGGCCCGACGACCUCGAGCGGCUCGUGGUCGCCCACAAGGAGUGGGAGAACAAGCUGGAGCGUCACGAGCCGACCCUGGAGGAGGUGCAGAUGAUUUACGACUCCCUCAGCAAGAAGACACCGUCGAUGAAGACCAAGCUGGACAACGUCGUCAGCAAAUGGGACAACCUCUGGAAAACGUCACACUUAUAUAUUGAGCGGAUGAAGUGUGUGGAGCUGACCAUCAGCGAACUGGAGGAGGCCGGCACGAUGGUGUCUGAGCUGGAGGUGAAGCUUGCCGACUACCGGCGGCUGCCUGACGACAAGGACGGCCUGCGCUCCGCCCACCUCAGCCUCGUCGACAUGCAGAACAGCCUGCAGAAGCACCAGACGGUGAUUGAGCGGCUGAACAUGGACGUGAGCAAGACGCGCCAGGCGACCGAGCGCACGCGGCCGCGCCAGCGCAACCACGCCGACGUCGAGAAGCUGGAGGACGACGUGGGCAAGCUGACCCGCCGCUGGACCAACUGCUGCGAGGCUGUGGUGGACAGGCUGCGCGCCGUGGACCAGGCGGCCGACCUGCUCAGCCAGUACGAGCAGCAGGAGAUGAUGGAGCGCCAGUGGGCGUCGCAGAAGGAGUCGGAGGCCCGGCAACUGUUGUACGACGAGGUUGUCGCUCGUCGGCCUUACAUUGAGCGCGCCAACCGGCUGGGUGGCCGCUUUGUAAUGCUGGCCCAGCUGUACGAGCGCAGGGCGGCCCUCUUCGGCGGCGUCGGCAACGGUGGCGUGUGGCGCUGCGCCGGCCGCGUGGUGGACAGCCUGGACGCGCUGAACGUGCAGUACCAGACGCUGGCAGACACGCUGUUCACCAUCGUGCGGCUGAGGAGCAGCGAACGCGGCGCACAGCCCGUCUGGGUGGAGCUGCCGGCGGAGUCGAGCUGCUGGGGCGCGCCUCUGCUCGGCCCGUAA